AACCCAGACGGAAAGCAAAGCUCGCUGUUCCCCGCCCCACCCCCCCUCCCGUCUAACCCCCAAAAGCGGUGCGACAAUGUCGAGUUCCAACAACCUCGUAGCCAUGAAAAAGGUCGUGCAGCAGCUGCGCUUCGAGGCGAGCAUACACAGAGUGAAGGUGUCCCAAGCGGCUGCGGACCUUCAGCAGUUCUGCAUGCAGAACGCCUUGCAAGACCCCCUGCUCACGGGCGUGUCGUCCAGCACCAACCCGUUCAGGCCGCAGAAGGUCUGCUCCUUCUUGUGAACCAGCCGCACUCUUUCGGCAAGCCUUCAUUUUGAUGCUACAGGGAAACAUCGACCUCAACACUGCUCCUCAUGCCAAGCCAUUAAAACUGCCACGGGGGAACGAGAGGGCCUCUUGAGUAUUACACAUCGGAACCAUGUCAGAGAAGAUAACCAUCUAUUUUCAACCACAGAAGAAGAAGAAAGGAAGCGGUUUUAUUUUUCAUGGCACAGCGUGUUUUUUUUUUUGUUUUGUUUUUUUUAUUAUUGUGCCUUUUCUAAUCUAUUUUAGUCAUCACUCUUCUGGACUCUUUUGUAUUUAAUAAAUAAAAACAUUCUUUGUUAAUCCAAA